AUGACAUCAUUGCGAGUCUUCCAAAGUGACCAAAGAACAGUUAAAGGAAUGGUUCACCAAAUCGAAUUAUAUACGUCCAUUAAACCUCCUAAGUCAAAUGCGGGUAUUAUCAUUGGUGUUUGUGCUGGAUUAGCUGGAGGAUUGUUUUUACUAAUUGCUUCUUGGUGGUUCUACAAAGUAAUAAAGAAAAGAAAUGACAAGAAACGCAAGGAAAUUUUCUUCAAGCGAAAUGGAGGUUUUUUGUUACAACACAAGUUGUCUUCAAGUGAUGGUAGUGUUGAAAAAAUCAAACUAUUCAAUUCGAAAGAGUUGGAGAAAGCCACCGAUCAUUACAAUGAGGAUCGUAUUCUCGGCCAAGGAGGCCAAGGUACUGUUUACAAAGGCAUGUUGUCAGAUGGGAGAAUCAUCGCUGUUAAAAAGUCUGAGGUUGUGGAUGAAGGAAAAGUUGAGCAAUUCAUCAAUCAGGUCGUCGUUCUUUCACAAAUUAUUCAUAGGAAUAUAGUCAAGCUCUUGGGUUGUUGUCUAGAGACAGGCGUUCCUCUACUAGUAUACGAGUUCAUCUCAAAUGGAACACUCUCUCAACAUAUUCAUGAUCCAAAUGAGGAGUUCCCAUUAUCAUGGGAAAUGCGGUUUCGGAUUGCCACAGAAGUUGCUGGAGCUCUUUCCUACUUGCAUUAUGCAGCUUCCAUACCCAUCUAUCAUCGAGACAUGAAGUCAGCCAACAUACUCUUGGAUGAUAAAUAUAAAGCAAAAGUUUCCGACUUUGGAACUUCAACAUCAAUUGAUGUUGGUAAUACUCAUUUGACCACACGAGUACAGGGGACUUUUGGGUACUUGGAUCCAGAAUACUUUCAAUCGAACCAAUUUACUGAAAAAAGUGAUGUUUAUAGCUUCGGAGUUGUUAUUGUUGAGCUUUUAACUGGGCAAAAACCAAUCUCUUCCAAUAGAUCUCAAGAAAGUAGGAGUUUAGUCACGUAUUUUAUGGAAUCAAUGCAGGAAAAUCGUCUACUUGAGAUUCUUGAUCCCCGGAUUCUCAAAGAGGGUCGGAAAGAAGAGAUGAUUGCUGUUGCUCACCUCGCAAGAAGAUGCCUAAACUUAAAUGGAAAGAAUAGGCCUACAAUGAAAGAUGUUGCAGUUGAGUUGGAAGGAAUUAGAAUGUCACAAGGAAGUUCAACCAUUCACCAACACUAUAAGAAGUUGAAUACAGUACAACUGAUUUGACUGAGAGGCUUUGGAUGUUGCUUCAACCUGAAUAGGUGCAUUUUUAGAUAGUGGGAGUGGCACAGCUUUAUCGUUUGAUGUCCGACCACUUUUGCAUACUAUGUAGUUGGUAUAAACUAUACAUAUAAUGCUUGUCCAUGCUAGAUAUUUACCAUAAAGCUUUGUUAUUCAAAUGUUAAUUAUGUACUAGUAUGUAACGUUACAAACAUAUGUACUAAUUACUUAUGCUUUGGAUUGGCAAUAAUAGUAGUUUUCUACACCAUAUUUUCUAUUGA